AUGCAUCGGCACGAACGCGAAGCGGGCGUCUCGCGCGCCUUCUCGGUGUCUGUCCUCCGGAAGAGCGAGGAGGAGGAGCGGCGCAGGGAGGAGGCGGAUUACCACGCGCGCAUGGCGGAGGUCAUGGCGUUGUCCGCGGCCGGUGACUAUAGUGUGCCGCCGCUGGCCUCGCCGUCCCCAGUGAAGGCCGAGCCGGAGCCGACCCCCAUCGAGCGCUACUCCUGGGUCGGGAUGGUGCACGAGUGGGUCAACGCACCACCGGACUGGAUGAGGGCGAGGGAGACGCAGGAGCGCGCCUACCUCGAGCAAUGGCACCAGCGCCGGCUGCCCGAGGAGCGCCGCAAGGAUGAGUACCUCGAGCAGCUGGAGCGCGGCGCCGAGGAGGAGCGCCGCGAGGCCGAGGAAGAGGAGCGCCGUGCCCGGGGCGGGGCACCCCAGCCGGCGGCGGAGGACGUCGCCACAACCUGGGAGAUGGCGUUCCCUUGGGCUCGCCCGGCGCCGAUGCUGAUCGGCCUCACCGGCCCCGACGACGACGACGAGGAUGCCUAUGGCAGCGCGCCGCUUCGAAUCCUGGGGAGAGCAAGUGCAAGAGCUAUGGGGAACUCGUGUGUUACUGGCGCCAGCAGCCAUUCAAAGAAGGAACAGGUCCAGAAAGCCGUCGAGGCACCACCUUCUCCUGUGGAGCAGACAACCUUCAAGUGGACAAUCGAUGGUUUCUCCUCGCUCCUUGACUUAGAUAAAGGAUGGACAAUCUCCAGGGUGUUUGAAAUCAGUGGGCUCAGAUGGUACUUGAGACUGAACCCAAGGGACACCAAGAGUGGCGACCAAAAUGAAUAUGUUUCUCUUCGGCUUCAGCUGUCGCCAGCAUCCGUGAGAUCCGACACGGUCGUGGAGGCAACUUACAAGUUCUUUAUAUAUGACCAGUUAUAUGGAAAGCACCAUGAACAACCUCAAGUGUGCCACAAUUUUCAGACUACAAGCACAAGCUCUGGGACAUCAUGCAUGAUCCCCCUCGCCACACUGAAGGAAAAGUCCUCUGGAUUCCUCGUCGAAAACAGCUGUGCUUUCGGUGUCGAGUUUAUCAAAGUUACUGCUGCUCAAACUAAUGAUGCGACAGAGAAGCUGUUUGUUCAGAAGAAGGUAAACAAAAUCUCCAGUAUUCCAGAAGUCUACACCUGGGACAUCGACGACUUCUUUGCGCUGAAAAGCCCGAGCCACUCUCCAGAUUUUGAGCUCCAUGGACACAAAUGGUUCAUCUCCAUCCAUCCAUCUGGAUUCGAUAAGAAUGGAAACUUUAUCUCCGUGUUCCUGACCAUGAAGGUGACGGAUAUACUCCAUGAGAACUCCGCGAACCUGGUAGAAUUGGACAUACGCAUCAAAAGCCAGGGAAGUGGCAAGUUUUGGAAAAUGAUAGGCCGGUGCGAGUUCUCAAAGAAUGCUACUAGUUGGGGAUGGGACAAGUUCAUAUUGCUGGAAGAUUUCAAGGACUGUUCAAAUGGUUAUCUCGUGAAAACGAAAUGCUGCAUUGAAGCGAAGGUCGCCGUUAUUGGUGCCUCCAAGAUGGAGUAGCUAGAUUGCACGUCCGCCCUAUAUUGACAUUUGCCAAAUGCUUAUGCUCGUAUGUGCGUUUACGAAUGUGCCUGUAGUUGGCUUUGCACUGCGAUUCUGUCUCUGCGUCUUUUAUGUUUAUUUGCUUGUUUGGUCGUGUCGAACGUACUUAAUGUGCGGAUCUCAAGUAAAGAUUCAGAAAUAGCUAUUUUUCUCAGCUUC